CUCGUUCGUACAAAAUGCAAAUCAAGUACUUAACAGCUGUGGCCGCUCUUUUGGCCUCUGCCUCCGCCAUUGGUGACCUUGGAUUCAACUUAGGUGUCAAGGACAACGCCGGAAACUGUAAAACCGCCGAUGAGUACGCCGCCGACUUGAAGAACAUCGCUGGCUACUCCAAGGUCGUCAAGACCUACGCCGUCUCUGACUGUAACACCUUGCAAAUCUUGGGUCCUGCUGCCGAAGACGCUGGUUUCCAGGUCAUGCUUGGUAUCUGGCCAACUGACAGCGCCCAUUUCGACGCUGAAAAGCAAGCCUUGAAGGACUACUUGCCCAGCAUCUCCGCUUCGACCGUCAAGUCCUUCCUCGUCGGUUCGGAAGCCUUGUACAGAGGAGACUUGACUCCUCAGGAAUUGGCUUCUGCCAUCUCCGACAUCAAGGACAUUGUCGCUGACAUCAAGGACAAGGACGGCAACUCGUUCUCGUCUGUUCCUGUAGGCACUGUAGACUCCUGGAACGUCUUGGUUGAUUACUACUCUCAACCAGCCAUCAAGGCCGCUGACGUUGUCUACGCCAACGCCUUCUCAUACUGGCAAGGACAAACCAAGGCCAACGCUUCGUACUCCUUCUUCGACGAUAUCAUGCAGGCCUUGCAAGUCAUCCAGACCACCAAGGGUGACACCAACAUCGAAUUCUGGGUUGGUGAAACCGGCUGGCCAACUGAAGGUACCAACUUUGAAGACUCCAUUCCAUCUGUUGAUAACGCUGCUGACUUCUGGCAAGAAGCCAUCUGUGCCAUGAGAGGCUGGGGUGUCAACGUUGCUGUCUUCGAAUACUCUGACGAAAUCUGGAAGCCAGACACUUCUGGUACUUCUGAUGUCGAAAAGCACUGGGGUGUAUGGGAUUCCAACGGAAAGUUGAAGUACGACAUCAACUGUCACUUCGGUUAAACCUAAUGCUUCUAUGCCCUUUCCGUAUACCCUCCUCUAUCGUUUCAUUUCCUCGUCAAUUACUAGUAAAGCCCUAGGGCAGAAAAAUUCAUACAUAUAUCUAGAGUGAAUAAAUAGAAAAGCUCGAU